AUGAGGCGGCGCUCCGUGCUGCCGUCCCACCACGACGACGCGGACAAGGGCGGCGGGAAGGCGCCGCAGUCGCGCCUCUGCUUCCUCGCCACGCUCUGCGUCGUCUUCUGGGUCCUCAUCUUCUACUUCCACUUCUCCGUCCUCGCCACCGACCCCGACGGCCCGCCCGUCGCCGUCGCCACCCAGGCACGCAUUGCGCGCCACCACGACCUCCCGGACCACCGCGUCUCCAACCCCGCCGCCCUCGCCUCGGACCCACCCCCUGCCACUGCAACCCUCCCCAAGGACGAGGAGCCCUCGGCCGUCGCCCAGGCCCCCCCGAAGGAGUACCCGUUCCAGCGCGCGCUCAGGACGGCGGAGAACGCGAGCGACCCGUGCGGGGGCCGGUACAUCUACGUGCACCAGCUGCCGCCGCGCUUCAACGAGGACAUGCUGCGCGAGUGCCAGCGCCUCAGCCUCUGGACCAACAUGUGCAAGUUCAUGAGCAACGACGGGCUCGGCCCGCCGCUCGACAACCAAGACGGGGUCUUCUCCAACACCGGCUGGCACGCCACCAACCAGUUCGCCGUCGACGUCAUCUUCGGCAACCGCAUGAAGCAGUACCAGUGCCUCACCAACGACUCCUCCCUCGCCGCCGCCGUCUUCGUGCCCUUCUACGCCGGCUUCGACGUCGCCAGGUACCUCUGGGGGUACAACAUCUCCAUGAGGGACGCCGCGUCGCACGAUCUCGUGGACUGGCUGAGGAAGAGGCCCGAGUGGGAUGUCAUGGGCGGCCGCGACCAUUUCCUGGUUGGGGGAAGGAUUGCAUGGGAUUUCAGGCGGUUGACCGACGAAGAGUCUGAUUGGGGCAACAAGCUGCUCUUCAUGCCGGCCGCCAAGAAUAUGUCCAUGCUGGUUGUGGAGUCAAGCCCAUGGAGUGCAAAUGACUUUGCGGUACCGUAUCCGACAUACUUCCACCCUGCCAAAGAUGCCGAUGUUUUCGCUUGGCAAGAUAGAAUGAGGAGCCUGGAGAGGCCCUGGUUGUUCUCGUUCGCAGGGGCUCCUCGUCCUGGUGAUCCGAUGUCGAUUCGAGGGAAGCUCAUCGACCAGUGCAGGGCAUCGAGUUUCUGUAAAUUGCUGGAGUGUGACCUUGGAGAGAGCAAGUGCCAUUCGCCAAGCGCAAUCAUGAAGAUGUUCCAGAGCUCAUUGUUCUGCUUGCAGCCCCAGGGCGAUUCCUUCACUAGAAGAUCUGCCUUCGACUCCAUGUUGGCUGGCUGCAUACCCGUUUUCUUCCAUCCUGGCUCAGCAUAUGUCCAGUAUACAUGGCACCUGCCGAAAAACUACACGAGGUACUCCGUCUUCAUUCCAGAAGCUGGCGUCCGUAACGGAAAUGUCAGCAUUGAGGAGAUACUAAGAAGUAUCCAUCCAGAGGUUGUCAAGCAGAUGAGGGAAGAGGUUAUCAAUCUCAUACCAAGGGUGAUAUAUGCUGAUCCAAGGUCGAAGCUGGAAACCCUCAAGGAUGCAUUUGAUGUUUCGGUAGGAGCGAUCAUUAACAAAGUGACGCAGAUGAGAAGAGAUAUCAUCUCGAACAGCGAAGAUAAAGAUUUUGUUGAAGAGAACAGCUGGAAGUAUGCUCUGUUAGAAGAAGGGCAGCGAACAAUCGGAGCUCAUGAAUGGGAUCCGUUCUUCUCCAAGCCCAAGGACAAAGGCGCAGACUCUAGCGAUUCAUCUGCUGAAGCAGCCAAGAAUUCUUGGAAAAUCGAACGAGGAGGUCAGAGUUAGACCGUACAACUAGCUGCUCUUAGAGAUGAGAUGAAGGGAGCAAAAGAGCUGUCCUCGCUGAGGGUUCUCUGAUGCAAAUACGUUGUUAAAAGUUCCCUAGACGCUGUAGUUUUGGUGAUCGUGUAUGUUCUUGAUGAUCCAGCCCCUACAGUUGUAAGAAUCGGUGCCACCAAAAGUGUGUUUGAGAAAAAAAAAUGACAUAUAGCCGUUGCUUUGUCUCUAUAGAUACACUUCUCAUACUAGAAUUUUUGUUUGUUUUGUUGGCCCAAUAAUGCUCUGUAAAUCCUUGCAAGAUUUAGAGGUAUAUC